AGGGCUAUGGGCAAGAAAGCAGGUGGCAAAAAAGAAGAGAAACAGACAAGGUCGCAAUGGGAAGGAAAACACCCUGAACCAAAGUCUCGAGUGGAUGAGAGAAAGGUCGUGGCCACUGUGAAGCUCGCUGCACCUGUCUGCAACCUGUUGGAAUUCAAGCUCGACUGUAGUCCAUCCACGAAGAUCUCCUUUAUCGUGGAUCGAAUCAUCGAUCGCCACGGUGGCUCCAUUAGCGAUCUCUCGGUUUGCGUGAACCGCUUCCAUCCUGAGGAGAUCGUUGGCAGAGAUAAGACCCUGGAGCAAUGUGGUGUUUUCGGCGGCGAGUGCCUCAUAUACUACGAUUUCGUUCCAAGAGCCGGUGCUUUGCUUGCCUGAGAUGUUGAGGCCCAAGUGAGGCACAUUGCUAGGCCUAUGUUCGAUCUGGGCUGAUGCACACGCUAACGAAACAGCGAUCCAUGCCCUGUCUCAAAGGGAUGAUGCGUGGACUUCUCUGCAUGUCUUUCCCCGCCAAUUG